GGGUGUAGCCCGAGUCCGGUUAAUUCGAUUACUACUAGCAAAGCUGGCCGCUCACCUCAUACCAUGACACCGACAGCAAGUACAAGUGGAUCUACAGAUGCUCAAUCGGUAGGGGAUGAUCCCCAGGGGCCUUUUCUGAAUGAUAUUGAUCUAAAGAGAGAGAUCGGUAAGGUAGUUACCAAGUAUCUAAGUGCACGCCAACAGCAUUUGUGGAAAGAAGACAAAAAUAUAUUUAAAGAUCUGGCACGAAGGAUGACACAUCACAUCGUAGACCGUGAACUCCAGUCAGGCCGAAAGAUCGUUGCUAUGAACAGUGCAUUAAGAACGAAAAUAGAAAAAUUCAUGGACUUGCAUGGUGCAGACUUUGCAGGAAAACUAAAUCGUCUCAAAAGUGCCACUCCAAGCUCAAACGUGCCCUGAUAUACUCUACUCCUUCCUGCCACCAUCACUACCACAUACGAAUCAUGAAAACAAAACCGUGCCCUUUCCCCCUAUAAUCACCAUCAACUUCUCUUUCUUCCUUUCUGUCUUUCUUUUUCUUCUUCUCUUCUCUAUAUCUUUGCUUAUUAACUUCACCAACAUCCGCCAUACAUGCCACUAGUAUUAUCCUACGUAAUGUUUGUUGUUUUUGUAAAUACAUUUUUCAAUAGC